GGCUGUAACCACGGGGGUGCCUGUUGCCACGGCAGCGCCACCGGCAGCUUAUGUAGGCGUCGCGUUCACCAUGGGCAUCGACUAUGACGAUACAGGAUCGGAGACACCCGCACAAGCAGUCGCGUCAGCAACAUUCAAAUCCGCUGUCGUAAAUUCUGUUGUGCAGACGUACACGACUAGUGGGAUUCUAUGGCUUUUCAAUUUUACAUUGGGUCGAGUAUAAAUCAUCACGUAAUCAUCACGUAAUUGAUGUUUCUUCGUAGUACGAGUCUGACAGUUGUACAUGUAGUUGUUCUACUCCUCCUGAUGCUUCGCCACAGAAGCUCGUUUGCCGGGUUCAUGAAUGGUACGAUAGAAAUAUUUGUGAACUAAGGAAAAUAGAAAUUAGGACCUAUUAAUCCUUCUAGUUCUAAGCAUUGCGAUCAGCGCAAGUGAUGUACAAGACGUGGACACCCGCUACGAGAGCAGCGAUUCCAGUUUCCUUGUCGAGAAGCGCAAGAAGCGGCGGCGCUCUGGUGAGAGUAUGCUUGGGAGGAAAAACCUCCAGAAACUCCAUAGUGCCUCAUCUAGUAGCUCAACGACAUCUGGUAGUGCACAUGUGAGCCUGAAUGUAAAAGUACCCGCAACUGCGAGUGCGAGGGGUAUGACGGCCAGUAGUAUGGGCUCUGCGCUGAAUACAGCGGCUCUGAGCAGCAACCUUCAGAAAAACGCACAAGCAGCCAACCCAAGCAUGAUUAUGGUCAGCUUUUAUCCAUCUUUCUUGGCAUGUUGGUCGUCCCCUUUUGCCUUGUAUUCUCAUGAAAUUGAUACAAGGGGAUAAAGAACACUGGAGUACGACUUAGGUGUUUAAAGAAUAUAUUCUUUAUGUGAGUAGAUGAGUUCUUUCUUUAAAUGUGCAAAACUCGUACAUGAUGUAGAAUCUGAUCUCACUUACGUGGAAAUUGUGUAGAGGGAGCCGCGAUGGAUUAAAGCGAUUUCUAACAUGAAGGUCUCAAAAGUCGACGUGGAUCCACCACAUGUAGUCACGCCACCAAUCUCUGCGGCAUUAUGAGGAGGACAGUUUCUUCAACUACAUAGUAGUGCGUUGUAAGUGCACAUAUUUAUGCGUAAGUUACAUGAGAUUCACUUUAACGCGUAAGUGCACAUAUUUAUAAGUAAGUUAUAUGAGAUUAACUUUAACAUUAACGCGUAAGUGCACAUAUAAGUAAGAGAUCAACGGAUGAUUUCGACAACGAUCACGAUGUGCAUACAACCCUAGUACAACGUGGUGAUCACGAUGUGUAGACAUUACGUGGUGGAUUCAAUAUCAUUGGCUUUUCUUGGAUGUUGCCCUUCAUCUAGUGAUCAUUUCCCCUCGAGCAACAUCUUCUAUUAUCAACCCACCUCCUUCUCCUCCUCCUUCAUACCCUGUCCAGCACCUAGAAGAGGGAGAUGGUGACAUUUCUUUGCGAAUGUCGCGUGGGCACUAUUGCGCAGCUGACAAGCUGACCGGGUUUAGGAGGAGAGGUCCGUGUGCUCAACUACUGGUCGAGAAUAGAAAUGAUCGGGGUAGUCUGGGAAAUGGCGCGAUCACUAGGACAUCGACAGAUGUACAACUUGCUAUUUCUUUAUCCUAUUAAUUUGAUUUUUUCCUCAUAUUUCCUUGUACCUCAAGAACAGGGUUAUAGUAAAGAUGUCAGUGUCACACUCAUCAUACUAUCUGGUUUGAUGUUUGAUGUUCAUUGUGUCGAUUGCUUGGCAUUACUGGUCUGACUUGUAGUUUUACCAAAACGAAAACUUCUUCUUGGUGGGUUUCGGGGUCAUCUAUCCUGACCAUCCAUCUCCCUCGUCAGAUAUCCCGGUACCAGUGCGAGGAUGACUGUUUGAACGAGGCUGGUUGCGACGCUUUUUCUUUGGAUAGUCGUGCGUAUGACUCGACUGGCGCCGUCAUCCAAGAGGAUAACCUGUGCUGCACGCUGUUUGCCAAUUGCACACAGCUCUACGGUUCAGCGAAAGCGUUAUGAUGAGUCAGAUUUAUUUCCUACACCGCUCAAGAGAACAAAUGCCGAUGAUUGCAUCACGUCUCUCGGUCAUUUGUACACAUACAUUAUAGCUUUUCGUUGUUCAUUCUAACACUUCUGUGUACAACUACGUACUUCUCUCUCUCUCCCUCCCUACCUUCCCUGCCUUCCCUGCCUUUCCUCCCUCCCUCCCAUCCUCUCUCUCCUACCCAUCCUCCCUCUAACACCCAACACAGACACUCAGGCCAUGUGGUCCUUGCUUGGGUAUCGAGUUGACCGUGAUAGUGACAAGCUAACUCCGGAGAUUUCUAGUGGAGUGCAAAAGAAUGCGGACGACGUGUUGAAUAACCACGAUAUUGAUUCUGGUGAAUACUUUGUGACAGCAACGGAAGGGACCGGUACUUAUCGCUGCGAACAGAUAUUGUUCAUCAUCGUAGUUUCACUAUAAGAUGUACUUACUUAGAUCCGUAAGAAUGCGAACAAAUGUUCAUCACGUUGUUCAGGGGUACUUCUAGAUGUAGAAGAUCGUGUGUUCGAGAUACUCAUCGAAUCUGCUUCAUAUCCUGUGGAUAGCGCUCUUGUCAUAACAUGUGCACCGGGAUACCUGGAGCAUUAUCACCCACGUUCUUUCUACCUCUCACAUUCAACAGAUGUCGUAAGGCAAUAUUGGCGAUUGCCAUUUGAAAACCCGAGUUACCAAUUGCUCCGCAGAAUACGAAUUUUUGACGUAGAGGAGAGCACAGGACUGGAUGGCUUGGAUACAGGAGAUACCGAAAUCGUUAUUUUGAGUGGUACUUAAGAUUAAGUACAAGAUUCAUUAUUUGUGAGGCUUGGUGGAGACAUCAGCUAGAAAUAGAUCAAGAAAAAUAGUUGUUUUUAUCAGAAGCGUGAUACAGCAAAAAUUGAAUUUGAAAUUCAAAUUGUUCAAUUGGGUUAUCUUCAGCUUGAUCAUGUCGUAAUAAAUAGAAGAAAUACUUGUUGAUAGUUACCCACCAUUCAGGUGGCGCCGGUGACGAACAAGCGGAGGAAGUUGUCUGGCCUGUAGGGGGAGAAGGGAAUAAGAUCUCUGCGGCAGGCACCGAUAUCCUGUUGAAGCCAUCGCGGCAGGCACGUGCCAUAGAAGUACGAUCGAAACGCGCGAAGGUGGCGCUGGAGAUUAUGGUUCCGGUCACAAAAAGUAUCAACAAGGUCUUCAAGACGAGGAUCACCAACAAAAUUCCAUCACAAGAAAAAGCAUCAAGAUCUUCAAGAGGAACCAUGUUGAAGCCAAGUCGAAACUGCAAAAAAAUUACAACAAAGUCAACAAGAUCUCUUACGACGACAAACAAAGCAUUCUUCUUGUCAAUCAACGGAUCCUUCUAACAAACGCGUUCAGAUUGAUGCAGUAGACGUGGAUCGGGUGUCCACAGCAGCUCAAGCGGAAUUCGAGACCGUGGGGAACGUGAUUCAACUCGGUGCAGUCUCGGAUUUGAAGCACCAAGUCUCUAGCGUCGUUGCACGCAUGAGGAGCUUCUAUCAGGAUUUGUUGGGACGAUAGGUGUAUGGACGAUCGUGUUAAAGUAGGGAAUGAUCAUCAUCGUAGAUUGGACCUAUAAUUGGGAGACAUUUUCAACCGGAUCAUGAGUAACCGUUUGUACUAUGACUUUGGUCUUGCUUAUGAAAAGAAAAACAAGUGUUGAAAUUUUUGCAGCAUGAUUCGUUCCUAACCGAUGAAGGUUACCUUUUAGAUACUUAUGUUGAUAACGUUGGUUUGGUAAGUAGAACGAAAACUUAACGACCUACGACAGCAGAACGGAUUGAUAGGUCAGAAAAGCUCUGCCAGUAUCGAUGAUUUUUGAAUAAUUCCUUUGGGGUAGCGGCUUCGGAUUCGGUUACCACCAUCAAUUUACCAUAUGAAGUGAAAUUAAUUUUUGCAACAGCUUUCGAUUUCGUCAUAUCAACAUGAGCAUGCCAAUACGUAAAUGAUACCUACAGAUACAGAAGCUUAGCUACUCAUACUCAAUCACAAGCAAAGAUUCGGAUGAUAGGAUGCUUCGGAGAAAAUUUCACGUAGAAGGGGCAUACUCGUAGUCAACAAGAAGACUGAAAAUAGCAGCGGAAUAGUAUCCUUGUUUUGAGGACAUUAGCAACCGGCUACGAAGACAAGUAGGUAAUACAAAUAUCAGAUGAUAGUUGAUGUACUUGUAAAAAUUGUGAAGUAACUAGUAGUUGGAUGAAAAGAAGCUUAUAAGUCAUUUUGGUCUGUAUUUCCGUCACAUCAAGAAUAGUUCCAAGAAUAAAUACGUUGAUUUUCAAGGGGGAUAUAGCAGUGGUAGAAGUACAAGUUAAAUUGUACGGACUUGAACAGGAGGUACGGACUAAGGUGAAUAGCCGGUCGCUGUGCAAAGACUAAGUUAUGAAAAGAAUCAAAGGACCGACUCAUCGGGUAAAAACCUAAAGUAGCAGCUAAGGUAUACAUGUGGGCAGCAAGUCAAUGAUUUUUGAUGAUCAAUCCACUACGUGCCGGUGCCUACUUCUACACGCCAUGCGGAGGU